GAAUUUCUCGGCGUUCACGUUGGCAACGGCGACACCGUGCAUUGGCCAUCCGCCGAAGUGGCGAGCUCUGAUUGGCCGGCGUGUCGCUCGUUUUUAAUGGCGAGGCUGGCGCGGCUCGAUGGUGGGGGAGGUGCUAGUUUCAGAACGUUCAACCGUGGUCGUCGAACGGCUGAGAUGAGUGGUUCUAGACUUGGCAGGGGUCGGGGUGGUCGCCUGGCCGUGUACGGAGGUUGCGGGGUGGUGGUCAUUCUCCUAGUGUUCCUCUACCGCGCCGCCACCUCGGAGAUGGCCAGGCUUCGAGAACUUCACGUUCAGUGUGCCCAUCAGCAGGAGGCUCUGGCUGCCCAGCUUCAAGUGAUAUUCGAGUACAAAGUGAGGCUGGAGAAGUCGCUAGCCGAGGAGAAGAGUUCGAACGCGGCCGUAAGGCAAGAACUUCAGCAGCGCGCGUCGAGGGAGAAGUCGCUGAGGGACAAGGACAGCAUAGAGGCGAUGCAGAGGUUCAACUCGUUGCAGCAGACUUACAAGCUGCUGCAGACGGAGCACCAAGACCUGCAGGAGGAAUGCAAGAAGCGCGAUCAACAAGCUUUGGAAGACACCAGUAAACUGGAGACAACGCUCAGGGAACUUCGCAGCCGUAUCAGGCAAGCGAGGGAGGACAAGGAGAAAGCCUUGGAACACCUGAAGAACAAGUUUCUCGAGCUAGACACGCAGAAGAACGAGCUGGAACAAAAGUACAACGACAUGUUGAAGAGCAACGGGGGCACUGACAGCACCAUCGAGCAUCUCAAGAAGGAGGUGUUUCAGUUGAAGCGCGAGCUGGAAGAGGCCAAGAAAGCUGCGCGCAGGGCUACUUCGCCGGGUCCGAGCGUGGCGAAUCCGCGGCCGUCACAAGCGAGAUCCGCGGACGUGGAGAACGCGGGACAGCAGCCUGUUGAUCGGUCGCAGCAGCAACAGGUAAGUCCGCAGACAAGUGACGAUAAAAAUCCGCAGCCGUUGAACGCGCCGAUCGCUCAGCAAACGAUCGAGGACCCACUGCUGUCGAACGAGCAACGCCCGAACGAGAUGAACGACGUUCAAUUCGCUCAGAAGAAUGGCAACAUUGUACCAGUCGGUCCCAACGAGAUGAAGGAAGCUGAAGUGUUACCAUUGCCCUACGACCUGCAAGAGAAACACCAGAGAAAGGAGAGCGAGCAAUCUGUCACCGACGUGAACCAGAUCGAGAGCAACAAAGAACUGAGACAAGUCAUCCCGCCACCGAAUCAGAUCGAUGACAGGCUCGUUGACAGAAAGUCCUCGAGCAACUUGCCGGCGAACGAGAGAGCUCGCGAGAUUUCUGACGAGAAGGAUCGGUCCGCCGUGGUGAAUGGCAACACGGAGAGGACAGAGGGGAAACUGGAGAAAGCGCAGAACAGCGUCGACGGGAUCUUGAAUCAAAUUUUAAGGAUGAUCUGACGAAGAGGUUCGGUCGGAUCUUGCGAUCCCUCGUUGCUAUUGUUGCCGUUGAAAGUACUGUGGGUAAUCACGUUAAUCGUGUUCCAUGAUGGCUCCUCUUGGAAACGAUGUCUGUCAAUAUCUUGCGUGGAGAUCUGAUGAAUUUGCAGCUAGUUUCUUGAUGAUCGGGUGCAGCUUCUGACGUUAGUUCAGGUCCUGGUGGCACCUCUUUGACGCUCGAAGGUGUUCGAAGUGUUUUUCUUUUUAUUUUCUUUUUGUUUUCUUGGGGAGGAGAACAGAAUCUAGGAUUGUGCGAUGAAUUUUUAGGA